CUUCAAUAUAUGUUUCAAAACUGUUGUGCGGAUUAAGAACUUGUGAUGGAGUCAGAUUUGUUGAAGAAAGAAGAUGAAUUUUACAAAGAGAAUGAAAAGUUGGAACAGAAAACCAAGGAACUCAUGUUACAAGUCAAUGAUGUUAUGGUAAGAAGAACGUGAGCUUUUGGUGAUGUUUUCAUGAAGUAUUUUUAUAGAAAAUCCAAGAUAAUCUUAUAAAGGAAUCAAUAAAGACCAAAAGUGAGAUUGUGUUAGUAAAACAGCAUAAUUUCAAAACCAUAAAAAUGUCUGGACAUCCAUUAUCAGAUAUCAAGUUGAAUCAACCCGAGCUUUUACAUGAUGUAGACGAAAUGGGGGGAAAGGCAUCAAUCCAAUUCUAUAGGUCCAAAAUAAAAAACCUGCAAGUUGAAAAUAUCAAACUCCAGUCCGAAAACAGAAAAAAGUCCGAAGAAUUGAAAAAGUUUCAAAAGGAAAAACAAAAACUUCAAGAAGAAAAGGACAAAUGGUUUAUGGCUUAUAGCACAAUCAAAAAUAACUUAGGAAAAUUGGAAUCCCAGAUAUCAUCAGCCAACUCACAACUACAAGGCAAAGAUUGCGAGAUCACCGCAUUAAAAAAGGAACUCGACCAAGCUAAAAAGGAAGUGAAGAACUUAGCCCUAAUAACAAAUAAUUUGGAGGUUAGGUUGACUAGAGCGGUUGAAGAAAAUGAUAAACUAAAAAAUUCUUUCAAAACUUCCAAAGAUGAAGAGAAGGAAUUGAAGGAAUCAUACAGGAAACAAAUAAAUGAACUGACAAAUUCCAUGAAAUCUAUUGAGAAACAAAAGUUGGAACUGUUAAAUGCAUAUAAAAAACAAAUGCAACUUAUUGACAAUCUGAAAAAGCAGAAGAUUUAUGUUGAGGGCUUGAAGAUGUCGGAAUUUUCGGAAGCAGAAUAUUUGAAGAUCCUAGACUGGAAACUUGAGUGAAUGUGUGUUUGUACUUACCGAAUCUAUUUUUGUAAUAAAUAUAAUUUCAUGAUUAAAA